GGAUCUAAUCGUUAUAUUACAAGUUUGUCUAAAUAAAAGUAGCUAGUGUAUAGUACAGGGAAAUUCGUCAGAACUAUUUGAAGGAACUGGACGCCAUUUUAGGGGUGAAUUGCUUCAGUACCCGAAUAGUCAGAUCACAGAGGAGCGACCUCAGUUUAUAUGAAGAUUGGUAAGGGAGAUGAGUCAAAGGGCAUGGUCCUGAGAAAUUAGGUCACAUGGCCAUGUGGUGGAGGUGGAGGUGGGGGUGGAAGUUAUAAGUGAUUUGAGGUGGUGGGGGAGAUAGUUAUGAUUACUUGGGCUGCUCGGGAGACUUUUCAUGUCGGGGUUGGAAGGAAGGAAGCUCCAGUGACACAGGGAGCGGGCGGAGCCGUGGUGGUGGGUGCGGACUGCCGAGGCUGUGGGGAGCAAAGUUCGGCCGUGGAAGUGGAUGUGGCUGGUGCUGAGGAUUGAUAUGCAAGUACUGGUUGGGUGCUGGGCCGUACUGGUACUGGUGCUGAGGGUG